AUCCGUGCAGCUGAAAAAUGAGUGGAUUUCUCUAUAGGGGAAGGCACUGCGGUGCAGAGAAACGGGCCAGGCCAAGGAGCAUCGGACCUAUGAUGGAUUUCUCAUGUGAUGAAACAGAUAAAGGCCCACCAGUACAGAUGCACAGCCUCAGAGAGUUUGAACAGCACCUGAACGACCUGAAGAAGGAGAACUUCAGCCUGAAGCUCCGGAUCUACUUCCUGGAGGAGAAGAUCCAGCAGAAGUUCGAGGAGAGCAGCGACGAUGUGCACAAGAGGAACAUUGAGUUGAAGGUUGAAGUGGAGAGUUUGAAAAAGGAGCUUGAGGACAAACAGGAGCUUCUGGACCAAGCUCUGCUGACAGCAGACAGCCUGUCCAAUCAGAAUGAAGCAGAGCUGCAGCGUCGCCUGUCGGAGCGGCAGGAGGAGAUCAGCCACAUGCAGGAAAUCCUGGAAACCAAAGUUCAGCUGCUACAAGAGGAGGCCGAGCUGGCCCGAGGCGAGGCCGAGAGGAUGGCCGAGCUGGCAGACUCUGAGUCUCAGCGAUGUCUGGCUCUGGAGAGAGAGAUGGUGGAGAGGAUGGAGGAGAGCGGAGGCUCAGCUGGACUGUUUACCCAGCAGGCCCUGGCCGAUAAAGACAGGUGA